AUGGCUCCCGUGUUGCUCCUUCUCCUGUUGCUCCCACGGCUUGCCCGCGCACAACCGCCGACCCUUGACCUCUCGAAGAACCGCACGGACUCCGCGGCGAACGUGACGUCCCCGCCAGAAGUCCAGGUGGCAGAAGUAGAGGAAGUGGACGAAGUGGAGGAGGAGGAGGAGGAGGAAGAGGACUGGUCGCCAGUAGAGACGUUCCUAUACAGCGGGGACCCCUCCGUUCUCGAAGCGGCGGGGUGCCCGCGGCCCUACAGCGUCCCCGGGCAGAGCGGCCCACCACCGGCAAGUUUCCAAGGCCCGCUGCUUCCCGCCGUUGACGCCCUCGCUAACACGGCUAACUUCUUCAACAUGGCCUUCCAAGCUAGCGACCUGCGCGAGAGCAGCGUGUAUGAGGAUAUGGAGUGGUACCACGCCGCGGUGCGCGCACUCCUGCAGGCCGACACACGCGUUGAGCACGCACUGCUCACCUUUGAUGCUGACCCAGCAGCUGCAGCGCCCCAGUUAGUGCUGGGUGCCUCCAGGGACGCUGCCCCGAAGGUCCAGACCAUCCUGCUGCAGGACCUGUCCAAGGCCUGGGAGAGCCUGCACCCCCCAGCACCGGCCCCCGAUGACAGCUGGUUCACGGCAUUCAAGUUCCAGCGCCCCGGAGAGCCGUCGGCCACCCUGUCCAAGCGGAUCCUCGUCAAUGACCUCAGCACCCUGGACACGCCCAAAUGGGGGCGAGGCGACAGUUACGUCACCAACCGGAGCGGGGUGCGCUGGGCCAGUGCGCCCUUCCUGGACUGCAAGGAUGGCCGUUUCCUGCCCAGCUGGAGGCUCACCCUGUCCGCCUCCUUCUACGGCCUUAAGCCUGACCUCACCCCCGAGUUCAGAGGUGUAAUCCGUGUGGAUGUCAACAUUCAGAACUUGGACAUUGACCAGUGCGCCAUGGGAGAUGCCUGGUUUGCCAAUACACACCAAUGCAACCGCACCACCAUGGAGUGUGAGCCGAUUCCGGGCCAGGGGUUUCGGCUGGGACAGUAUUGCUGCCGCUGCAAAGAGGGAUACUACAGUCCUCCAAUGGCCUCUGAGGACACAGAUGGUGGUUUUGAAAACGGGAAUGACACUGAAUUUGGUGAGGAGCGUGGUGACGGCAUGUGUUACCCCGCAAUGCCCAUCUGCCUCCCGUGCUGGCCAGGGUGCAAGAGUUGUCAGGAUGGCGCACCCUGCUGGGUGCAGGAGGACUGGUUUCUGAGGUCUGCAGUGCUGGCCGUCCAGGGCUUCUUCAUGCUCCUGGUCUUUGUCAGCAUGCUGGCAGCUUACCAGCACCGCCGCAGCCGAAGGAUCCGAGCAUCAGGACUCCUGCUGUUAGAGACCAUCCUGUUCGGCUCUCUACUCCUCUACUUCCCGGUCUUCAUCCUGUACUUUAAGCCCAGUACAUUUCGAUGUAUUCUCCUUCGCUGGGUGAGGAUGUUGGGCUUCUCCAUUGUGUACGGGACAGUGACUCUGAAGCUGUACCGGGUGUUGAAGGUGUUCUUGUCACGCACUGCUCAGAGAAUGCCCUACAUGUCCAGCCUUCAUCUGCUGAGGAUUCUCGCAGUAAUGUUGGUCACGGUUGGCUGGUUCCUGUGCGCUUGGACUGUGGGCAUUUUGCAGAACCGCGACCGAAACAUCCCAGUGCUCAUCACUUCUACCACAUCAGACGGCCAAGGGUUCAGCCUGUGUUACCUGGAUCGCUGGGACUACAUGAUGGCUGUGGCUGAACUUCUGUUUCUGUGCUGGGGCAUCUCCCUCUGCAGUGCUGUUAAACCAGUUCCUUCGGCUUUCCAUGAGCCUCGAUACAUGGGCAUUGCCAUCCACAAUGAGCUGCUGCUCUCCUCCAUGUUCCACCUGCUCCGGUUUGUCAUACCUUCUCUCCAUCCUGAUUGGAUGCUGCUACUGUUUUUCACUCACACCCAUGUAACCAUCACUGUGACUCUCGCCCUGCUCUUCGUUCCCAAGUUUCUCCACAUAUCCAAGCCAGGGAAGGAAGAGAUUGCAGCAGAGGUGUAUGAAGAUGAGGUAGAUCUACGGCGCUCUGGUUCAUAUCUCAACAGCAGUUUUCACUCCACCUGGAGUGACCACACUUUGGAGCCUGAUGACAUUAGGGAUGAACUGAAAAAGCUUUAUGCCCAGUUGGAGGUCCAUAAGACCAAGAAGUUGACAAGUAACAACCCACAUCUGUCAAAGAAGCGAAGUUCUCGACGAGCAUUGGGCAGAUCCAUUAUAAGACGUAUUGCUGAGAUCCCAGAAUCCAUGAGCCGACAGUGCAGUCGUGAGGAAAAAGAAAUUUAUAUCCAAAGCAAAGGUGUGAAUCAGUCUGAAUCUUUAAAGAGGGCCCCAGAUCCCAUCAGUGUCAGUUACAAGGAAUCAGUGAAAUCCAUUUCACCAGUGAUGCGUAAAUCCCAAAGUGAACAUGACUACGUAAGAGAGAGGGACUUUUCCUUGCACGACACCAUGCUGAGGGCCAACAUCAUGAAGAGAGCCUCUCAACGAUCAGAGACCGACUCCUUGGACAUCCCACCAGAGGUCUGCAAGUCAGCCAGCGCCCAAAAUCUGACCAUCAAUAACAAUCUCCUACAUCCUGAUCACACUAGGCUUCACAAGUCACGAAGUUUAUCUUCCACAAACACCCACAUAAUGGAAGACAAACUCAAGGUCAGCAGAGCUAGCUCCAUGCUAACAACGUCCACUCAGAGCAUCAGCAUCAAAGAUCAGACCACGAGUGCUCUCAAGUCACAGUCUUUUGACAAGGCUGAGAUCUGCCCAUGGGAAGUGGAGGAAGAAAAACCAACAGACAAGAACCAGAAGCAUGUCACUUACGCACCUGCUCAAGAUGAAGAAUGCAAAAGCCCCAACAGCUUACAUUCUCCACUAGUGCAUGUCUGUCCCUGGGACCAUUUACCUCCCCCUGAGAAAAAAAAUUCUGUAGAAAAGGGAUUUGAGGGAGAAUGUGAAUCUCCUAAGCCCCAAGCUCCAGUGUCUGCGAGUGCACCAGGAUCUCCAAGACCAAAGGUUGAAAAGGACCAGCGUGUCUUCUCAUUCCGCACUUCCACGCAAAAGUGGCUCUCUGUGAAAGCGCUCAUGGGAUCCCUUGAUGCAGGAGUUAAGGAUAAACCCAACAAGGAAGCAGCUGCAAAGAGAGAGGAUUCUCUUUCCCAAAAAAGUCACGAUAGUUGGGGAACUGCCUCGACAUCCUCCAAGUCAGCAACAGCAAGUAGAAAUCCAAGUUUUGAAAAGAGGACACUGCAGAAAAGAAGCUUAACUACAACAGAGGGCAAACCAUGCCUUGUAAAGCAGAAUGCAAUUAGACUGUCCUCUGGGGAUUCUUCAGACAGAAGCCCACGGAGGCUGGUGAUCAUGAAGUCUGCUGUCUACCCAUGGGAUGCAGAGGAUAUGCAAAAAGAUACAAUGUUUGAGAACUUAAUUGUGUCAAGGCAAAACAGCACAAGGAGCAAUGCAAGUUCUUGGGAAACUGGAGGCACCCACUCUAGAACGCCAUCCACGCAUACAAGGGUCAGCAGUCGAAUUACACCUACCCAUAACGUGUCUCAUGCCGAUGUAUACCCAUGGGAUGGACCCACCUCUUCCCGGCAGGGACAAGGGCCACAGAGGGAACAGAGUAUUAAAGCUAACAUCUGCCCUUGGGAGGUUCAGGAAACACAGUCAUUCGAACUUUCCAGUGUGUGCCCCUGGGAAACCCAGGGCCAGGAGGCUGUGAGAAGACAAGACAGCAGUCAUGCUGAGCUGUGUCCUUGGGAGUCACAAGUUAUUCCCACUACUUCAAAUAUCUUGGUGUCUAAGCAGUUCCUCCAGAGGCAGAAGAUCUCUAACCUAACAACAGAAAUAUGUCCCUGGGAAUCGGUAGAAGCCCCACACCCUUCAAUGAAACAAGGUGAUGUAAAUGCUGAGGUUUGUCCAUGGGAUGCACAGGAAAAGGCUGACAUUAUAUAUGAAAAUGCAAAGCCUUUAGAGACCAAGGGAUCACUGAAGGUAGUUGCAAGACAAGAAACUAUAAGACCUAGUGUUUGUUCUGGUUCACUGGAUGAUACGUCAAUUGAUGGGAAUAAACAAGAGCAUAGAGGAAGCAUUAAAGUAGCUGCAAUAUCAGCUGCUGUACAUUUGGCCAAAAAUCUGACCAAGACAGUAGAAACUUGUCCAUGGGAAUUCCCUGAUACUCCUAAUGUCAAGGCAGAUGUUUGUCCUUGGGAAGUGGAGAACAUGGUGCAACUUGUGACCAAAAACACUACAGAAUCAUCUUCACAUGGGGCCAUGUGGGAAUCUCAACAUCAAAACAAAUCAAAAGAUUCUGGAAAAGAUGCCUGUACUUGGGAAAACACGUCAGCAAAAAGAGAGGGACAAGACAAUAAUAUAUGUCCUUGGGAGACUGCACAGCCUGAAAAUACAGCAACUACUGAAAUUCAUGGGUCAAUGAGAAUGGAAAAGACAGAAGAACAAACCAGUGUUCAAAUAGAUAUUUGUCCUUGGGAGACAGACUACUUAGACAUUGUCAAAAAGCAAGAAAGCACCAAGGCUGAUGUGUGUCCAUGGGAGACUGAGGAGCCAGAAACAAGCAAGAUGCAGGUCUCCAAAAAUUCAGGGACACUUAUCAGGCAAGACACAGCUAAAGCAGAGGUUUGCCCAUGGGAGACAGAGGAACCAGGGACAGUGAAGGCUGAGAUCGCCAAAACUCCAGAAAAGCUACAAAGACAGGAGAGUUUGGAAGUUGUCUGUCCAUGGGAAACAACUGAACCAGCAACUAUCAAAAAGCAAGACAGUUACAGGGCGGAUGCCUGUCCUUGGGAAACUGAGGAUCCACAGAUUUCAACUCAAAGCAAGGUUGAAAAUAAUAGUGCAGACACAGUCUCAGAGAUGCAGGGACGGGUGUAUACUGAAGUGAUAUCUGGAGACAGUAGCACACAGGAAACAGAGGAGCUCAAGCCAAACUUGGCCCUGGGUCGACGUGAUGCUUUGUGUCCCUGGGAGAUGGAAAGACUCAGAUCUGGUUCAUUCUCAGACCUCGACAAUGCCUCAGACGUCUUCACUUGGGAGCCUGAAAAUAUUCCAGAAGAAGAUGAAGAAGAGGCUGAUGCUGAAUGUGCUGCUGAGGCGUUUGUGUUCCCCCCUGACUUGUAA